UUCAAAUCAUAACAAAUUGUACGCUAGAGCAUCUGAUAUUUGGUGUGAAUAUAUUUUUGCGAUAAUUUCCAACCCCACAGCUGUUAAAAUGAUCCAGAUUGUUUAUAACAAUCGAACAAUUCCCAUCGAAUAUUCAGGAUCACUAACGGAAAGUGAUUUUCAGUCUUUGAUUGCGAAUGAGACGGGUUUGCUACCUUCGGAAUACUAUCUAACCCAGAAUGGGAAACGUCUUCCAGCGAAUUCUACAUUUUCCAGUCGUCUCGACGCGAGAAUUCCCCUUCGGUUGCAGGAACGCCUCAUCGGAGGAAAGGGUGGCUUUGGUUCUAUGCUCCGGGCGAUCGGGGCACAAAUCGAGAAGACCACGAACAGGGAAGCCUGUCGGGAUCUGAGCGGUCGUCGGUUGCGUGACAUAAACGAGGAAAAGCGACUGAAGACGUACCUGGAGAAGCAACGGGAAGCCCCGGAGGAUGAGGCUGCAAGACUGCAGAAGAAAAUCGACAAACUGCUGGCCAAGCCAAAGCACGAAUUCCACGACGAAGGCUACAACCGCGCGAGAAGUGAUUUAACCCAGAACAUAGACGAAGCCGUCCAGGAGGGCUUUCUGAAGGCCGCGAGCGCAGAGAAAGCUGGCCAGGAAAGUGCCAAGAGGAAGUUGGAAGAGCAGGGGGCAGCGAAUAAAACCAAGAAAAAGAAAGUCAAAGGAGUACUUUGGCUCGGAGCUGAUGACUUGGGAUCGUCUUCCGAUAGUGAUUCCGAAUCAGGUUCGGAUUCUGCCUGUUCCUCUGCCGGAACGUCGACGUCUGCUUCGUCCCUAGAGGCCCAGCAAACCGUUACAUCUGAUGAGGAUAAAAAUGGAGAAAAGAUAGGGAACACUGAACAAGGUGUUUCGCAAUAAUCUAUCAGGGGAAAAAUAAAUCCAUUAUUUUGACGUAGGAUUACGUAAUUCUGCAUUCUGCAACACAUUGGGAAUACAAAUUAAAAAAGGAAAAAUCUGUAGCGUCACCAAAAUUGUUCAAUUUUGAUCAUUUUGAUUCUUAAUCAUUUAAUCAUUUUGAUGGAUUUAUAAGAUUUUUGCAUCAUGCGACAAGGACACUCGUGCACACCCUAAUAUUUAGUUUAUAACAUAUGUUGUAUAACAUUCCAAACUGUUUGGAAGUUUAAUUAAAUAUUGAAAUAAAUGAGGAAAUUAAUUUCAAA